CCGGGCCCUCGGGCCAUGCACCCUGGACCCGUGCAGGCGGACCUGCCAUCCCUCCGCCUUCGGGCCCCUGCCCGGGGCAGGCCGUGCCGUUCGGGGUGGAGGUCGGGGGCACCCCAGGCCCCCCUGGGGCGCAUGGGAACCUCCAGGGCACGGCGGCCCCGCCCCCCGGGGGGCCGCUCCGGGGCUCCCCCGGCUGCUGACUGCACUCUCUGUGCAAACGGCUGGGUUUCACAUGCUCAAGUUUCCAGUAACUCCGUGGGCGGAUUUGUUUCACUUCAGGGGAAAGCAAAACAAAACACAGCGUGGAGGGGGUUUUCUCUCCCAAGCGCAGGGCCGCCAAUUACGGGUUCUGGUGUGUGCGGCCCGGGCACCCGGGCGGCCGCUGCAGCCAGAGGCUCUUGGCAGGCGGGCGCCCUCCGGGGUGGAAAUCGCUUAGUCAUUGGCAAGCGGGGCCGGAGCAGGAGGUCAGGGCGGUGCGCGCUCCGCCGCCGGGUCCUGCGGGGGGACGGCGCCCGGCUCUUCCCCUGGCAGCCUCCUGGCCGCCGGGCAGGGCCGGGCCGGGGCGGGAGCCGGGGACCAGGGGCCUGGGCUCACCCUUCCAGCCAGCCACACUCGCUGCGUGGCCUGCUGCAGGCAGCACGGACCGCGCGCCGUGUGCAGAGGCCGCCUUGCCGGGGGCGCCGUGAGGCCGGAGGCGGCGGCCAUGGGCCAGAAGGUCACCGGCGGCAUCAAGACGGUGGACAUGAGGGACCCCGCGUACCGGCCCCUGAAGCAGGAGCUCCAGGGCCUGGACUACUGCACGCCCACCCGCCUGGAGCUGCUGCUGGACAUGCCGCCCGCGCCCCGCGAGGUGCAGCUGCUGCACUCCUGGAACCACAACGACCGCUCGCUCAACGUCUUCGUCAAGGAGGACGACCGGCUGCUGUUCCACCGGCACCCGGUGGCCCAGAGCACGGACGCCAUCCGGGGCAAGGUGGGCUACACGCGGGGGCUGCACGUGUGGCAGAUCACCUGGGCCACGCGGCAGCGCGGCACGCACGCCGUGGUGGGCGUGGCCACGGCCGACGCCCCCCUGCACUCCGUGGGCUACACCACCCUCGUGGGCAACAACCACGAGUCCUGGGGCUGGGACCUGGGGCGCAACCGGCUCUACCACGACGGCAAGAACCAGCCGAGCAAGACGUACCCGGCCUUCCUGGAGCCGGACGAGACGUUCAUCGUCCCCGACUCCUUCCUGGUGGCCCUGGACAUGGACGACGGGACGCUGAGCUUCAUCGUGGACGGACAGUACAUGGGCGUGGCCUUCCGGGGGCUCAAGGGCAAGAAGCUGUACCCCGUCGUGAGUGCCGUCUGGGGCCACUGCGAGAUCCGCAUGCGCUACGUGAACGGACUCGACCCCGAGCCCCUGCCGCUCAUGGACCUCUGCCGCCGCUCUGUGCGCCUGGCCCUGGGGAAGGAGCGUCUGGGCGAGAUCCAGGCGCUGCCGCUGCCCGCCGCCCUCAAGGCCUACCUCCUCUACCAGUGACGCCGGGCCCGCACCACGGCCGCCGCCCACAGCCGCCGACAGCCACGGAGCCAGGCCCCGCCGCCCGCCCGCCCUGCGCCUCGGACAGGCGUCCGCAGCGGGAGGAAGGCCUGCUCCUCCUCCUCCUCCUCCUGCUGCCCUCGGGACACGGACGCGGACACGGGCCCCCUGGCCCCUCCCGGCCCUGGCAGAGGGCCCUGCGUGCCCGUGCCAGCCCCUCCUGGGAAAAGGACAUAGGACCUCAGGUGGCCUGGGAGCCCCCCUGCCGGGUCCGGGGAGCGGGGCCCGGAGCAGACCCAGGGUGCUAAGAGGUGCUCGGCAGGGCUGUGCCGGGCACCCCGCUCCGGACGUCAGAAACUCACGGGACGAGGCAGCAGCCGGAGGGACCGCCCGCCGGCCGGCACGGAGGCUCAGCGCCAGGCCCGCGGCCGGUGCCCGGACCCUGUAUUUAUUCUCUCCACAGUAACGAAAGCCAUUUAUUUAUUCCACGUAGAAAGGGACCGCCUCCGGUCCCCGCGCUGGAGGGCUCUCCUGCUUUUCUCCGUCCGCCCUGCCGCUCCUGGCACGUGCCAGCCUCGCCCGUCCUCGCCGGCCGGCCGUGCCGUGUCCCCGCGUGGCACACGUGUCUGCGUGGGUCCCUCGGCCCACAGCUCCCCGGGGGCUCUGCCCUGAGUUCCAGGCGGUCGGAGCGUCGUGAGGGUCACGGCUCCACAGCGGCCGCGACGGACACGUGGGCUCCCACGCCUUCGCACGUGGCUUAUUUCCGUGUCUUCCGUGGGCUCGGGCUGUGGGUUUGGUUUUGCUCCUGCCUUCCUGGCUGAGAUGGCCCACAGGAGGACCGGACCGAGGAGGGAGGAGGAACGAGGAGCAGGCUGGGGUUGCGGGAGACGAGCGAGGCAUCACGCCUCACGCAAGCCCACGCGUGGCCCACGCGUGUCUCCACGUAGUGCCUAGCUCAUCACGACCCCCCAGAGCCAGGGGGCGGGGCGGGGCGGGGCGGGCGGCGGGAGAGGGCCCCCCUCCCUGCCGCAGCCCCCCCACGUAGCAGCCCCGGCCCCUGCCACCACAUUUGGCGUUUCUCGGUCUCGAAGCCGGCUCCGUCCCCUUCUGCACAGGUACAAUAGAUGACUUUAUUUGUUUAAAAUGUUUAAUAUAUAUGCGUAUAUAUUUGUCCGUAAGAAUUAUGUUUUAAACAGCUGCUGUAGGGUACCUUUAAAAAGAAAAAAAAAAGAAGUCUUCCAGUGAAAUAUAUUUUUUAAAGCACAACCUCGGUGCCGAGACCGGGGGAGGCGUGUCAGUGGCCCCUUGUCACGGCGAGGUGGCCGUUUCAGCUUCCCUUCCCUGUGAGGCCAGAGACCUGCCUCCUCCUGCUCCAGGCCAGCCCCGCGGUGACCGUUGCACAUGCGAGUUCCACUCCCAGGGCCCCUGCCGCUUCCCACGGGACCCCGCGCCUCCCGCCGCGGCCGGACGCUGGCAGGGCUCUGUCGUCUCUGCACCCCUCCCCCCGCCGCCCUCAGCGUCCCCCUAAGCUCCCCUCCUCCUCUCAGCCCAGAGCCCUGUGACCUGUACAGUCUUGAAACUCCCAUUCUAUUUUAUGAUGGUUGAUCAUAGUAACCGAAUAAAGGAAAGUUUAUUAA